AUGAUGAAGAAGGGGACCACAAAACUAGGGAAAUCCAUGGGGAACUCCUUGGUUGGUUCCAUAGGAUCCUCCAAGUCCAGGCAAAUCGGAGGGCAAAGAGGCCGUGCAAAUGGAGCCAGCGUGGGUGACGUCGAAAGGGGUAGCGAGGGCGACGUCCAUAGCGUAAUUGGCGAUGUUGUGAGAGGAAAAGAGGGAGGCACCCAUGGCGUUGUUGUUGAUGUCGACAAUGCCGUAGCGGCUGGAGGCACUGGCUUCGUAGGCAACGACGUCAGGGGUGCAGACGAUGACUCCUUAAGCAUCGCAGUUGGCUUUGGCAUCAUUGAUGGAGGCCGCAGUGUGGGCGACACCCUUGGCGUGGUUGGUGAUGGUUUGGGUGACGCCAGGGAGAAGAGGGCUAACACGAGCGAGGGCCCAGAUGGCUGGAAACGUACUGACAUGUUGGGCAGUGGUUCUUUGGAUGCUAGCGACGCUAGUGGGGAGCCAGGUGGUGAAGGCUUCGUCCUGGGCUUUAUUAGAGGGGGAGAACAUAACGCCUUUUCACUAGCUGGUUCUCACUCUGACAAAGACGUGAUGAAGAAUGUUAUGAAGGACUCAUAG